AUGUGGACCGGACAGGGCUUGGAACUCUGUUGUGCUUCCCUUCAGCACGAACACAUUUGUUCUGGACGUUGGCUGCUUGUAGCAGCGAGAGCUUGCACGCACAACCCUCCUCAACAGCCCACGAUCUUGUUUCCCCAGCCUUGUUUAGCAUACGGCCCUGUGGUUGUGCGCAUGCGUGCCAUCAGUUGCGCUGCAGAUGUUCUGCGCUUGCUCAGAGCAGAUACCUACGUCGCCCCACCCCCCUGGUUUCCUACAAUCGCUGUAGCUGCACGUGCUGCUUUUCCCAGCCACUGUUUUUCCCCAUGCGCAGGUGCUCCACGUUGGGAAAUGGCUGCCGAGUGGCUGGGAGCUGAGGAGGCUGAGGACGCCGGAGGGCAGGCCACACCUCUGAGUAAGACUGAAGACUUGCUGGAAACAGUGAAAAAGCUGCAGAAAGAGGGAAGCCUGGAACCCCAGAUCGAGGACCUGAUUCAUCGAAUUAAUGAGCUGCAGCAAGCAAAGAAGAGAUCCAGCGUGGAACUGGGAGAGGCUCAAGCACUCCAGGAGGCCAUGAAUCAGGAACUGGAUUCCUUGAACGACGAGAAAGCACACCUAGAGGAAGUCCUGGGCAAAAAGCAAGAGGCUCUGAUGAUUCUCCAGAAGCAUUGCCAAGAGAGGGAAAGUGAGACUCAGUGGUUGAAUGCUAACGACCAACUGGAGGAGCAAGUGGAGGAGCUGACAAGUCAGCGCAAGGACCUCUGGGAGUUCCAUGUCCUGCAGCAGCGGCUGACCCAGGAGAUCAGCACAAUGGAACACAACCAGGAUCAGCUGCUGACGGAGAGGACUCUGCUGUGUGCCAGACUGCAGGAAGUGGAGAAGAGGCUGCAGAUGGCUAGGGAGGCCCAGAACCCCCCUGGGAACUGUGGGCUGGAGGAAUUUGAGGGGCAGUCCCAGAGCAUCCCGGAAAUUCAGAAUGACAGAGGAGACAUGGGCACCCAGUGAACAGAAGCAGAGGCUAGAGAGAAGUUGGCCAAAGAGGAGCAGCAUCAUUUGGAGCCAUCAGGAGAGCUGCCAGGGCCAGGGAUGCCCUGCUCGGCCAUGAGGACCCACCAGUGCUCACAUCCCUUUAAGGCCUACCAGGAAAUAAAGAUGAUUUCUAGAGUC